GAUUGGUUCAGCCACCCAGUUUGACUUCAUUGUCAACUUUAUUCCACAGGAGCUAUCAAUGAACCCAAUUUUCAAUUAUACUCUUUCCCCUUUCAAGUUAUUGGUCCAAGCUUUCAAAAACAAAACUGCAUAGAUCUCAGUGCUCGAACCUCAAACAUGGGUGAAGUAAAGCUGGUUGGAACAUGGGUAAGCCCUUACACUUACAGAAUCAAAUGGGCACUGAAAUUGAAAGGCAUAGCCUUCGACUAUAUAGAAGAAGAUCUCUGCAACAAGAGUGCUUUGCUUCUUCAAUAUAAUCCCAUUCACAAGAAGGUACCAGUUUUCUUUCAUGGUGGGAAACCCAUUUGCGAGUCAAUGGUUAUUAUUGAAUACAUUGAAGAGAUAUGGCCGCAUAAUCCUUUGCUGCCAACUGAUCCUUAUGAGAGAGCCAUGCUUCGGUUUUGGAUAAAGUACGCUGAAGAUAAGGGUCCAUCAAUGUGGAUGGUUGGUGAAGGGCAACACAAAGCAGACCAAAAUAGCUUGGAGAUGCUGAAAAUUAUAGAAGAAAAAGCACUUGGAGACAAGAAAUUCUUUGGAGGGGACAACAUUAGCAUGUUGGAUAUAGUGUUGGGACUUGGUCAUUGGUUGGGAGGGGAGAAACUGCUUGAAGCUCAUAAGCUCCAUCGUUUGCAUGUAUGGCUCAAAAAUUUCAAGCAAGUUCGUGUCAUCAAAGAAGAUCUCCCUGACCUUGAUGCCAUGCUUGCUUACUUAAGGCGUCAAAGGGAAAUAUCACCAGCAACUCAUUAAUGAUUCCAAGGAGAAUUCAAAACCAAAAGAGCCCCCUUGAAUAAUAGUAAGCUUGGGUAUUAUCUGUUCUUUUUGAUACAAUAUUUAGAACUACUCAUAGUCCUUUCCUAACCCUUAAAUAGGAUGAUAAUGCGCUUCAGCAUACUUGAAUCUAA